AUGUCGGCUGUUGAUAGGUCCACGUUUUUCGCUGGUGGAACAUCUGCCUCCCUCUCCUCCCCACCCCUCAUUACCCCCUCCCCCUUCCCCCCACUCUCCCCCCUCCUCCCCUUCCCGCCCUCUUCCCCCCGUGUUUCCUCCUCCCGCCGCCGUCAGAAUCCUGCCGUCAGGAUCCCCUGUCCCGUCUGCCCCCCGUGUUUCACAUCUCGACUUGGAUGGGAAAGCUGCCAGCCGGGGAGGGGCAAGUUGGGCGCGAGGAAGGCAGGCUUCAGGACACGUGACGUAGGCUGCAAUGUGCAGCGAAGGCCGGAUGUAAGCAGCGACGGGGUGAUAAUUGCAGCAACGACGCCAAGGAACUGGCUCUUUCAUCCUCUCCCCACCCUCUCAUCCCCUCCCCACCCUCUCAUCCCCUCCCCACCCUCUCAUCCCCUCCCCAACCUCUCAUCCCCUCCCCAACCUCUCAUCCCCUCCCCACCCUCUCAUCCCCUCCCCACCCUCUCAUCCCCUCCCCACCCUCUCAUCCCCUCCCCAACCUCUCAUCCCCUCCCCACCCUCUCAUCCCCUCCCCACCCUCUCAUCCCCUCCCCAACCUCUCAUCCCCUCCCCACCCUCUCAUCCCCUCCCCAACCUCUCAUCCCCUCCCCAACCUCUCAUCCCCUCCCCACCCUCUCAUCCCCUCCCCAACCUCUCAUCCCCUCCCCACCCUCUCAUGCCCUCCCCAACCUCUCAUCCCCUCCCCACCCUCUCAUCCCCUCCCCACCCUCUCAUCCCCUCUCCAACCUCUCAUCCCCUCCCCACCCUCUCAUCCCCUCCCCAACCUCUCAUCCCCUCCCCACCCUCUCAUCCCCUCCCCAACCUCUCAUCCCCUCCCCAACCUCUCAUCCCCUCCCCACCCUCUCAUCCCCUCCCCAACCUCUCAUCCCCUCCCCACCCUCUCAUCCCCUCCCCAACCUCUCAUCCCCUCCCCACCCACUCAUCCCCUCCCCACCCUCUCAUCCCCUCCCCACCCUCUCAUCCCCUCUCCAACCUCUCAUCCCCUCCCCACCCUCUCAUCCCCUCCCCAACCUCUCAUCCCCUCCCCACCCUCUCAUCCCCUCCCCAACCUCUCAUCCCCUCCCCAACCUCUCAUCCCCUCCCCACCCUCUCAUCCCCUCCCCAACCUCUCAUCCCCUCCCCACCCUCUCAUGCCCUCCCCAACCUCUCAUCCCCUCCCCACCCUCUCAUCCCCUCCCCACCCACUCAUCCCCUCCCCACCCUCUCAUCCCCUCCCCAACCUCUCAUCCCCUCCCCAACCUCUCAUCCCCUCCCCACCCUCUCAUCCCCUCCCCAACCUCUCAUCCCCUCCCCACCCUCUCAUGCCCUCCCCAACCUCUCAUCCCCUCCCCACCCUCUCAUCCCCUCCCCACCCUCUCAUCCCCUCCCCAACCUCUCAUCCCCUCCCCACCCUCUCAUCCCCUCCCCAACCUCUCAUCCCCUCCCCACCCUCUCAUCCCCUCCCCAACCUCUCAUCCCCUCCCCACCCACUCAUCCCCUCCCCACCCUCUCAUCCCCUCCCCAACCUCUCCUCCCCUCCCCACCCUCUCAUCCCCUCCCCAACCUCUCAUCCCCUCCCCACCCUCUCAUGCCCUCCCCAACCUCUCAUCCCCUCCCCACCCUCUCAUCCCCUCCCCAUCCUCUCAUCCCCUCCCCACCCUCUCAUCCCCUCCCCAACCUCUCCUCCCCUCCCCACCCUCUCAUCCCCACCCCAACCUCUCAUCCCCUCCCCACCCUCUCAUCCCCUCCCCACCCUCUCAUCCCUUCCCCACCCUCUCAUCCCCUCCCCACCCUCUCAUCCCCUCCCCAACCUCUCAUCCCCUCCCCACCCUCUCAUGCCCUCCCCAACCUCUCAUCCCCUCCCCACCCUCUCAUCCCCUCCCCACCCUCUCAUCCCCUCCCCAACCUCUCAUCCCCUCCCCACCCUCUCAUCCCCUCCCCAACCUCUCAUCCACUCCCCACCCACUCAUCCCCUCCCCACCCUCUCAUCCCCUCCCCAACCUCUCCUCCCCUCCCCACCCUCUCAUCCCCUCCCCAACCUCUCAUCCCCUCCCCACCCUCUCAUGCCCUCCCAACCUCUCAUCCCCUCCCCACCCUCUCAUCCCCUCCCCAACCUCUCAUCCCCUCCCCACCCUCUCAUCCCCUCCCCAACCUCUCAUCCCCUCCCCAACCUCUCAUCCCCUCCCCACCCUCUCAUCCCCUCCCCAACCUCUCAUCCCCUCCCCACCCUCUCAUGCCCUCCCCAACCUCUCAUCCCCUCCCCACCCUCUCAUCCCCUCCCCACCCUCUCAUCCCCUCACCACCCUCUCAUCCCCUCCCCACCCUCUCAUCCCCUCCCCACCCUCUCAUCCCCUCCCCAACCUCUCAUCCCCUCCCCACCCUCUCAUCCCCUCCCCAACCUCUCAUCCCCUCCCCACCCACUCAUCCCCUCCCCACCCUCUCAUCCCCUCCCCAACCUCUCCUCCCCUCCCCACCCUCUCAUCCCCUCCCCAACCUCUCAUCCCCUCCCCACCCUCUGAUGCCCUCCCCAACCUCUCAUCCCCUCCCCACCCUCUCAUCCCCUCCCCAACCUCUCAUCCCCUCCCCACCCACUCAUCCCCUCCCCACCCUCUCAUCCCCUCCCCAACCUCUCCUCCCCUCCCCACCCUCUCAUCCCCUCCCCAACCUCUCAUCCCUCCCCACCCUCUCAUCCCCUCCCCACCCUCUCAUCCCCUCCCCACCCUCUCAUCCCCUCCCCACCCUCUCAUCCCCUCCCCAACCUCUCAUCCCCUCCCCACCCUCUCAUCCGCUCCCCACCCUCUCAUCCCCUCCCCACCCUCUCAUCCCCUCCCCAACCUCUCAUCCCCUCCCCAACCUCUCAUCCCCUCCCCACCCUCUCAUCCCCUCCCCAUCCUCUCAUCCCCUCCCCAACCUCUCAUCCCCUCCCCACCCUCUCAUCCCCUCCCCAACCUCUCAUCCCCUCCCCACCCUCUCAUGCCCUCCCCAACCUCUCAUCCCCUCCCCACCCUCUCAUCCCCUCACCAACCUCUCAUCCCCUCCCCAACCUCUCAUCCCCUCCCCACCCUCUCAUCCCCUCCCCAACCUCUCAUCCCCUCCCCACCCUCUCAUCCCCUCCCCAACCUCUCAUCCCCUCCCCACCCACUCAUCCCCUCCCCACCCUCUCAUCCCCUCCCCAACCUCUCCUCCCCUCCCCACCCUCUCAUCCCCUCCCCAACCUCUCAUCCCCUCCCCACCCUCUCAUGCCCUCCCCAACCUCUCAUCCCCUCCCCAACCUCUCGUCCCCUCCCCACCCUCUCAUCCCCUCCCCAACCUCUCAUCCCCUCCCCACCCUCUCAUGCCCUCCCCAACCUCUCAUCCCCUCCCCAACCUCUCAUCCCCUCCCCACCCUCUCAUGCCCUCCCAACCUCUCAUCCCCUCCCCACCCUCUCAUCCCCUCCCCAACCUCUCAUCCCCUCCCCACCCUCUCAUCCCCUCCCCAACCUCUCAUCCCCUCCCCAACCUCUCAUCCCCUCCCCACCCUCUCAUCCCCUCCCCAACCUCUCAUCCCCUCCCCACCCACUCAUCCCCUCCCCACCCUCUCAUCCCCUCCCCACCCUCUCAUCCCCUCCCCACCCUCUCAUGCCCUCCCCAACCUCUCAUCCCCUCCCCACCCUCUCAUCCCCUCCCCACCCUCUCAUCCCCUCCCCACCCUCUCAUCCCCUCCCCACCCUCUCAUCCCCUCCCCACCCUCUCAUCCCCUCCCCAACCUCUCAUCCCCUCCCCACCCUCUCAUCCCCUCCCCAACCUCUCAUCCCCUCCCCAACCUCUCAUCCCCUCCCCACCCUCUCAUCCCCUCCCCACCCUCUCAUCCCCUCCCCAACCUCUCAUCCCCUCCCCACCCUCUCAUGCCCUCCCCAACCUCUCAUCCCCUCCCCACCCUCUCAUCCCCUCCCCACCCUCUCAUCCCCUCCCCAACCUCUCAUCCCCUCCCCACCCUCUCAUCCCCUCCCCAACCUCUCAUCCCCUCCCCACCCUCUCAUGCCCUCCCCAACCUCUCAUCCCCUCCCCAACCUCUCAUCCCCUCCCCACCCUUUCAUCCCCUCCCCAACCUCUCAUCCCCUCCCCAACCUCUCAUCCCCUCCCCAACCUCUCAUCCCCUCCCCACCCUCUCAUCCCCUCCCCAACCUCUCAUCCCCUCCCCACCCUCUCAUCCCCUCCCCAACCUCUCAUCCCCUCCCCACCCUCUCAUCCCCUCCCCAACCUCUCAUCCCCUCCCCACCCUCUCAUCCCCUCCCCAACCUCUCAUCCCCUCCCCACCCACUCAUCCCCUCCCCACCCUCUCAUCCCCUCCCCAACCUCUCCUCCCCUCCCCACCCUCUCAUCCCCUCCCCAACCUCUCAUCCCCUCCCCACCCUCUCAUGCCCUCCCCAACCUCUCAUCCCCUCCCCACCCUCUCAUCCCCUCCCCACCCUCUCAUCCCCUCCCCACCCUCUCAUCCCCUCCCCAACCUCUCCUCCCCUCCCCACCCUCUCAUCCCCUCCCCAACCUCUCAUCCCCUCCCCACCCUCUCAUCCCCUCCCCACCCUCUCAUCCCCUCCCCACCCUCUCAUCCCCUCCCCACCCUCUCAUCCCCUCCCCACCUUCUCAUCCCCUCCCCAACCUCUCCUUCCCUCCCCACCCUCUCAUCCCCUCCCCAACCUCUCAUCCCCUCCCCACCCUCUCAUGCCCUCCCCAACCUCUCAUCCCCUCCCCACCCUCUCAUCCCCUCCCCACCCUCUCAUCCCCUCCCCACCCUCUCAUCCCCUCCCCAACCUCUCCUCCCCUCCCCACCCUCUCAUCCCCUCCCCGACCUCUCAUCCCCUCCCCACCCUCUCAUCCCCUCCCCAACCUCUCAUCCCCUCCCCACCCUCUCAUCCCCUCCCCAACCUCUCAUCCCCUCCCCACCCUCUCAUCCCCUCCCCAACCUCUCAUGCCCUCCCCACCCUCUCAUCCCCUCCCCACCCUCUCAUCCCCUCCCCACCUUCUCAUCCCCUCCCCACCUGCUCGUCCCCUCCCCACCCUCUCAUACUCCAGACCCUCUUCCCGCCUCCCAACGCGGGAUACGGCCUACCCCUUCUCGCGUCCAGUCCCCUCUGGCAUGACUUCGUCCCCUCUUGCAUCCUUCCUUUCACUCCCCUGUCGUCCUGCACUCAUGCGACUCUGUACCAAUUCUUGUCACUCCUCCCACCCCCCCUCCCCCCUCCCCCUCUUCCCCCCCCUCCCCCCUCCCCCUCUCCUCCCCCCCUCCCCCCCCCUCCUCCAGCCGUCCUCCUGUCGCUCCUACCACCCCCCCUCCCCCUCCCCCUCCCCCUCACCCCCCCUUCCACCAGCCGUCCUGCACAUCUGGUAUAG